UCCUGGCGCGUACCGGCGUCGGCCAUGUUUAUCUGAGCACAUUGUUUUGUUUGCUCACAGUCCAUUUAAAGAUUAAUCUACCUCUAAGGUACAGUGCAUAACUCGCGAUGUCUACGCGAUCGGUAAAGAAGACCGUGACAACCACUACGACUUCUAGGGAGUCGACAGGGAGCGCUACGUCCACUCCAGCGGCGCAAGUACGCUCUCCCUCGGGUCGCCCUCCGUCGCCGGCACGGAUAAGUCGGCUGCAGGAGAAAGAAGAGCUGGUCCACCUCAACGACCGGUUAGCAAAUUACAUCGACAAAGUAAGAUCCUUGGAAUCAGAGAAUAGUCGGUUGAUGGUCCAGGUGCGAUCGUUCGAGGAAACUACCCAUCGUGAAGUGACCAAUAUAAAGGCAUUGUACGAGAGUGAGCUUCGAGAUGCACGCAAGCUUUUAGAUGAAACCAGCAAGGAGAAGGCCAAGCUACAGAUUGAUGUCGGGAAGUAUAAAGCCGAAGCAGAGGAAUGGAUGGUCAAAUGCACCAAGAAAGAGCGGGAACUUGCUGCUGCCAAUAAGAAGCUUGCAGACUUGGAGGCAAAGUUGAAGGAAUUGGAAUCUCUGGCAGCAGAUGCACAGGCCCGAGCAAAGGCUGCUGAAGGAGAGAGGGCUGGUCUGAAAGGUGAAAUUUCCAACUUGGAGCGCCAGUUGGCUCAAGCCAAGAAACAGCUGGAAGAAGAGACCCUCCUGCGGGUUGAUCUAGAAAACAGGGUGCAGAGUCUCAAAGAAGAACUUGCUUUCAAUGCUCAGAUACACACACAGGAGCUCAAUGAAACCAGAUCACGUUCAGAGAUGCAUCUUGAGGAGAUUGACGGGCGUGUCCAGCAAGAGUAUGAGAACAAGCUUGCAGACGCCCUACGUGAAUUCCGUGAACAACAAGAAGUCUAUACCAGAAUGCACCAAGAAGAGAUUGAGACCAUGUAUGAAACCAAGCUGAAUGAUUUGCGUGUGUUGGCAGAGCGCAAUGACAACCUGGCAUCUGCUGCACGUGAGGAGAUGAGGACCUAUAGGAAGAAGGUAGAUGAGAUGUCAGCACAACUGUCCAGGCUUCAAAACCAGAACACCAUCCUAGAGGCUCGCAUCAAGGAACUGGAGGCACAAUUGGCCAAGGAGCAGGAGGACUUCUCCAUUGCCUUGAGUGCUCGUGAGAAAGAGAUUGCUCAGUUACGUAUCCAGAUGGAAGAGCAGAUGCAGGAGUACGGGGAACUCAUGAAUAUCAAGAUUGCCCUGGAUCUAGAGAUAGCUGCUUACAGGAAACUCUUGGAAGGAGAGGAAGAGAGGCUAAACAUUUCCAUGUCAUCACAAGAAGAGACUCCAAGACGUGCAGUUGCCCGUAAAAGAAAGCGUGAUACAGACGAGUCCGAGUACACUCAGUUCUCCCAGUCCAGUUCCAGUAGUGGCUUUGCAUCCCAGUCAUCUGCCAAGGGAGGGAUAGAGAUAAGUGAAGUUGAUCAAGAAGGAAAAUUCAUCAAAAUCACCAACCCAACAGAGAAGGAUGUCCACCUUGGAGGCUGGCAGUUGAAACAUGUGGCAGGAGAUCAGGAAACCACUCACAAAUUCCAUCGUUCUUUGAAUCUCAAAGUUGGAGCAACUACUACUGUCUGGAGUGCUGACAAUGAUGAGGUAACACACCACCCUCCGGAUGAUUUGAAAAUGAAGAGCCAGAGGUGGUUCAUUGCAGACAACAUGAGAACUGCUCUCUUGAAUCCACAGGGAGAGAUAUUGCAAGUGAUUCCAGAUACUGAAAUGGCAUGGAGAGAAAUGAAGAAAUCUGUUGUACACACCACCAGAGAGUACAAGGGCCGCCGUAUUGCAGGUGAUAGCGGAGUUGAGGGUGGACAGAAGGAGAAGGAAUGCAUAGUCAUGUAAACAUUUACCAUCCAAGGGUACAGAACAGGGAGUUUGUUAUCUUCAACAGAGCACUGUAAAGUGGUAUUUAGAAUCACAAUACGAGAACAAAAGUGUCAGAAAGAACUGCAUCCGUCAUGUCAUUCAAGUGACCCUGUACUCAAUAUUUUGCUAAUUUGGCAGGCAAUCUAAUGGCAUUUUAGAAGAGAAAUAAUAACCAGAGGACUUGAGAAAGAGGGAAUUCAAAUUCUACAGCAUUGUUAACAGUCAUGCUUUCUAAUGCUUGAUAAAAAUGAGACAACUUUUCGUGAGGAUUAAGGAUGGGAGGGCAUUGAUUGUGACUGAACUAUGCUGAUCUUAAGUUACCCAUGUAUACCAUGGCAGUAACUAAUGUUGUUUAAUUACAUUUGAUAAGUUGCAUUCCUUUUAGAUUAGAAAGAUCCUUAAAGUGGCAAUAUAAUCAGAGUUAAAAUUAAGUCAUUACAAAGUGUCUUUCUCUAUUCAAUAUCAGUUAAGCAAGGGAAUUCCUUGUCAAAUGAUUGUUCACAAGGAGUGGUGUCCUUCGACCUUGUUGUUUUUUUUUUAAAUCACAAAUGAGAUGCUGUAUAGAUUUUGAGUAGUGCUUAAAUGAGAUUGUCAGUUAAAAUACCACUUGGAAGUGAUAUUUUAAUAAAGUCAAACGUGCUUGAUCAUGCUUCAUGCCACACUUUAUGUGCUCUGUUUUCCUGUCAAGUAUAGCAUAUUUUUUUAGCAGAAAACCUGUAUGUAAGUGUAGAAGUGUACUUAUCUGAGUCUUCGGUGUUUUUGCACCUGAUGUUAUUUUUUUUUUUAAAGUUUGAGUAUGAUUUGAGGUCCAGCAGUGGCCUUCAUGUAAUACCCAAGGGAGAGGCAAAGUACUUUUGAUAUUUUCUGAUGUCAAAAAUAUUUUUUCUCGUCCUGUUAGAUUGUUCAAAGGUGAUGUGAAAAGAUACUGUACUAACUUUGGGCCCCUUGAAAGUUGGCAAAAUUCUUUCAUUGUUGCCUUUUGAAGGGAAGUUUUAUUGUAUAUGACAGCUGCAUUAAAGCUGAAGUAGAUUUUAGUACCCUUGUAUUAUGUUAUUUUAUUGUAUGGCUUCUAGUCUGUGUAGAUGCUGAAAUUUGAUUGUAUAGUUAUUAUAGUAUAGUAGAUUUAGUUGGCUAAAUGAAUGCUCUGAAAAGGAUUCUUGUUUUGUGAUAAUAAUGCGUCAUUACCAGCUCAUUGAUGUAUAUAUUUAAUAUACUUUUUUAGUCUGUCCACUAGAUUUGUGAAGAAUUCAAGAAAAUUGUAUUUCAUACAAGCAGGAGUACAACAUAAGUGUGAUUCAUUCAUUUUGGAAACUGGUUUAAAAACAAACUUGCAAAAAAAAUUUUUACUAACUUUAAACACUUUGUUCAAAAUAGCAUGGCUGAGGCAUCCUAUUUAACUAUAACUGAAACUGAGAAGAAAGCAGUUUGCUCAAGGAAAUUUCUACAUUGAUAUCUAUUGUAGAUAUGUUCUAUUAUCUGAUGAAACUUAAAUUCAUAGAAAGACGUUGUUUUGUCUCUGUUACUAAACAACACGGCUACAUCACUGCCUUACUUGUAUAGUGUAAACACUAGCUUGUAGGAAUGCUGGUGUAAGGUUUUUUUUCUUUUUUUGCUUGUCCUAGUCAUGUGCAAUUUUGAUACUAUAUAUGAUAACGUGUAUGUUUAGAAAUCUUAGAAAUUAAAAAAAUGAAAAACCCAUAA